AUGGUCCGACUAAGCAUAUGGACGAUCAUCCUAUCAAUACUAUUCACAGCAUCCUUAUCAGUGUCAGCAUUAUAUAACGAUCCAGGCUUAUCCUAUUGUAAAUGUAUAUGUUUCUCGAACUCAACGAUUAUACCAUUAUAUCGACCCGAAAAUCCCAAGAAACCAUGUCUGACAUGUACACGGCAAUUCUGCUUGGAUCAGAAAUUGAAUAUAUGUAAAGGUGCUCAAGUACCAGAGUUGGACACGGAUAUUGGGACCGGGACGGAAGGUGAUGUAGAAGCUAGGUGUUUCAAACGAGAUUCGCCAAGAGAUCGAUUGGUAGUGACAUUCUUCCUUUUGAUCGUAUUUGGUUUAUUGCUCUACGCAGCUAUAAGAGCGAGACUUCGUCAAGCUAUCGAGACCCGCGGUCGACCAACCGAUCUUAGAGAAUGGUCCCAGGCACUCUUACCUAUAUCUUCACAGUUAUUCCCAACGAGGUCGAACCCGAAUCUCAAUCAGGAGAUGAGAUCUGCUGGAUCUGGACCUGGUGGUGGAUAUACACCCGUGAGCGUGGGUAGUUAG